UCUUCUACUUUCAACUUUUUUCUUCAUGUGACGUGCACAUGGUGCCCAGCAGAUAGACAAAGGAACACUUCGAAUUGAAACGUGUCCCAGAAGUGGGCCAGUCUUGUGCGGUGUCUCUUUAAGUGCGCCAGGCAGUGCUGUUGGUCCGCGGUCGGAGCGCACCGUGCGGUGCUGCCUCUCCGCAGCGUUCGAGGAGCGCCGUCCUGAAUUCAGUUCGGACGGCAGACUCGGGCGAACAAAGCUCGUCCCCCGCCACCCGCGUCACGUCCACGCCGCAGAUGAUGCCAGGGGGCUCGGGCAAGCGGAGGGCGGGCGGGCGGGAUGCUGCCUGCGGCGGACGGGUGAGUUGGUGUCGCCCCGUUGGGGCUGCUGGAAGCGGCGCGUCGCGGCGAAUCUGCGGCGUUGUAGAUUAUUGAAGAGCGCUCAGACGGUUUGGACCAGAGAAACUGGAGACAUUGCGAGCUGGCUGCUUCUUCGAGAACGUGGUGACUUCCCCCAGCUGGCGCGGAGGUCAAACAUUUCGCCACGACAAACCAUCGUCUCGAGCCUUUUCCCGACUCAGAUGGUUAGUCACGCCAUGACUCCCUUGGAUCCCCGUGAAGAACCGUCCACUCAAAGGUGAAAGGAUUUCAACUCAAGCACUAAAUAUAACCCUCUUCCUGUUGCUCAGUGUGGGAGAAAGUGCCGGAGUGGUCCUGGCAUGGCAUUUCUGUAGGCUGAUAACUGUGGUGAAAGCGGCGUUGAGUGAUCAUCUUUCACUCUUUUCAUUCUGGAUGCGUGGAGCAAGCACUUUGGGUUUUGCUCUCAACAGGAACCAGCAGACGCUCUCGCUCACAUGAACACGAGAGCCUGGCGGUUGUGAGGUGUCUUCCGCUGGAGAAUACAAACGCCCACAGAGGAGCAGUCAUGCCGUCGUCUGGAUGACCUUCAUACCAGAUUAAGGCAUCGAAACCAUUUAGAUUUUUAUUAGGACUUUUUAGUGGGUGGGAAGCAGGGCGAUCUGUUGCUGAGUUCAUCACUGGGCCGGCGUGCUCAAGUGGCAGUGUGAGCCAGCAUGGCCAAAGCUCUGGUGAAGAUACAGCGUUAUUUCCGCAGAAAACCUGUCCGCUUCUUUACCCUCAUCUUGCUCUACCUGACCGCCGGAAGCCUCGUCUUCCUGCACGCCGGCAUCGUUGGCGACAGCGGUCCCGGAAGGCGGGGGCUGCGUGUGUACACUGUGGUGGCCUCAGAGAUGGGCAGCCAGAUGACGUCGUCAGACAGCGGAGGACUGGGCAUCAUGCGAGUAUUUAAGGAGGCUCACAGACCGAGACGAGGUUACGCCCCCAUGUGGAAACAGAAGGCGGGGCAGAUAAAAGAGGGCAAAACUGGAGACUACCCCAACAAGUGGAGCCUUGCAGUGAAAGCCCGCAAUGCAAAACAGAUGGACGACGGAAGAGCAAAGUAUAUUGGUUGCUACGUUGAUGCGACACAAAAGAGGGCCCUGAAAGGAGUUUCAUAUUUUGAUUACAAAAAAAUGACUGUAUUCCGUUGCCAGGACAACUGUGCAGAAAGAGGUUACAUGUACGCAGGUUUGGAGUUUGGAGCCGAGUGCUACUGCGGGCACAAGAUUCAGACGGCCAACGCUUCGGAGAGUGAAUGCAACAUGGAGUGUAAAGGAGAAAAGAGCAACAUGUGCGGAGGAGCCAACCGGCUAUCCAUCUACAGGCUGGAGCUUAGCCAGGAGUCGGCACGGCGAUACGGCAGCGCCAUUUUCAAGGGGUGUUUCCGCAGGCCAGACAACGUCACGAUGGCUCUCCCUUUUAGCAUUUUCAUCCAAAACAUGUCUGUUGACAAAUGUGUCGACACAUGCACGGAGGAGGAGAAAUCGCUGGCCGUCCUGGCCGGGGAUCGAUGCCACUGCGGCUUCCCGACCCCCCUCUUCUCCCUUCACGAGCCGGAGGACGAGGCCAUGUGUCUCCACCGCUGCCUCGGCGAGGAGUUUGAGAGCUGCGGGAACGACGAGUACUUUGUGGCGUACCAGACGCAGGUUCAAGACAACCGUUGCAUGGACAGGCACUUCCUACCCACUCGUGCCAAUCAGCUGGUUGCCCUCGCCAGUUUCCCCGGAGCCGGUAACACCUGGGCUCGACACCUCAUAGAGCUCGCCACCGGCUUCUAUACAGGCAGCUAUUACUUUGACGGCUCCCUCUAUAAUAAAGGAUUUAAAGGCGAGCGAGACCACUGGCGGAGCGGAAGGACCAUCUGCAUAAAGACGCAUGAGAGUGGAAAAAAGGAGAUUGAAGCCUUUCACUCCAGCAUCCUGAUGAUCCGAAACCCCUACAAGGCUCUCAUGGCAGAAUUUAACCGCAAAUAUGGCGGCCACAUUGGAUUCGCCUCCCAGGCCCACUGGAAAGGGAAAGAGUGGCCCGAGUUUGUGAAGAACUACGCUCCUUGGUGGGCAUCCCACACAUUGGACUGGCUCCAUUAUGGGAAGAACGUCCACGUGGUCCACUUUGAGGCCCUGAAGAGAGACUUGUUCUCCCAUCUCAAGGGAAUGGUUCAGUUUUUGGGCCCGAAGGUUUCCGAGGAGCGUUUGCUCUGCGUGGAGGGCCAGAAGGACGGCAACUUCAAGAGAUCAGGCCUUCGCAAACUCGAAUAUAACCCCUACACUCCUGAAAUGCAAACAAACAUCAACGAACUCAUAAGAACAGUCGACGCUGCCUUAAAGAAGAGGAACAUGUCUGGUGUUCCAGAUGAAUACAUGCCAAGAUGAUAUACGUGAAACCCUCUUUUUUUUUUCUCUCUCUCUCUCAUUGAAAUGCAAUGAAUUAGACACUUUUAUUCUUGCUUUAUUUUCCCAACUCAUCCUGUGUGGAACCAGAUGACGACAACUUAAGGAAUUGAGUUUCAAGAGCACUUGUUGUCCUCUUCUGUGCACGUGCUGUGUCGGCACGUGCACACGCCUUGAGACAGCUGUGAGGGAGCGCACUGGCGUGUUUCAUACAAACUAUUUCAUACUCUUUGGUAUGUUGAGCUUAUUUUGUAAAAAAAAAAAAGUAUUACAAAUUUCCUGCUGCUCUUUUAGUUACAAAACAUUUUAGAUGAUGUUGUGUUGUGGGGGGGGGGGGGGGGGAUAUCAUAGGGAUAAAUGCAAUAUGCAGGCUACAACUACCUGACAAUGAUACUGUGUGAUUCCGUUUAUUUUUUUGUAAGCUAGUGAACUUACUCUUUGCAAGAGGAAUUCUGUUUUUGAUGAUAAAGGUCUCCGUUCCUCGUACUGAAGAAGGCAACUGAGUCAAAGAGAGACGAGGAUUCAUCUGGACAGCAUUUAUUUAUCUCUGGUGUGCAGCGCACACGUGACCAGUCUGCUUGUGAAUAUGUUCUCUCCACACUGGCCUCAACGCCGAAAACCCAAAAAGCGCUUGACGGUGCAACACUUGCCCCAAAGAUAUCGGAAGAUUCACACUCUGUAUGCUUAAGGUCAUAUGAUUUCAUUUUUUUUUUUUUUUUUUUUUUUGGGGCUCAUUUCAUGACAGUUAAUCGCACUAGAUUAAAAAUUUUUUUAAUUACUUUUUUUGUGUGAUAAGGGCAAUGAAAUGGUUAAAUAUAUGUAAAAAUACUCCACAGACUGCAAAAACUCCGCUCUUGACAUCAAUACGUCUUAUAAGUGCUAUGCCACAUGCUUCGAACAAAACAAGCAUGUGUCAUGAAUUGAAAUAAAUAAAUACAAAUGCUGAGAGCCAGGAGACUAACUGACUUCCAUUUUCAGGAUGCUAUUAUACUUUAUAGCUAUAUUUUUGUAAUGAGUGCUGACACGUCCAAAUAUUUGUACUACAGCAAACAAAUGAUAGAAAUUGUGUCUAUUUUGAACAUGCUUUAAGCUUGAUUGGCAAUUGUUGUCAUUGACAAGCAGGCACUUGAACAAAGGUGUUGUAUUUGAAUGUAUUGCCAUGGAACGAAUGUACUGUGAUCAAGCCCAAUAAAUUAAUAAAUCUGACAACGCA